GUCAUCGUUGUCUUCUCUACAAAUCCCAACAGCUCCACUUUCCCGUCUUGCUCUGGCCUCUUCAAGGAAAAGGCAACAGGUAAUAAGGGAAACAGGUUCGAUCCAUGGAAAAAGUCUCUCUUCUGCCGCCUUGGUCAGGUCGCAACCAAGGGGCUUUUUCUUCCUCCGCGAGCCAUCAAACGCAAGCACCUCGCUCAAAAAGCCCAAAGAGCACUGGAGCCCGUGUUUGUCUCCAAUCCACAAGUGGUCGGUCAUCGUCGCCGUCGUUGCAGUCGUACAUUCAACUGCAAGUCGGCAAUGCCUUCUGUCGAACAACAUCAAGUCCUAGAGGAUCACUCUGGUCUGGCAGCCGUCCUGCACAGUUUCUGCUUGCAUGCUGCGUACUGUCCUGCCUCUUGAGCCACCUGCCUUUGUCAUCCUUCUGUGCAGCUCAGAUCCGUCGCAACCAUGAUCCCGAUGAACGUCUCACAGGACAGUUCUUGCAUAUCACAGAUAUCCACCCCGAUGAAUAUUAUAUCGCCAGCGGCUCGAUCUCAUCGUCGUGCCACAGGAACACAACCGAUGAUGACAAGUGGCAAACGAUGCGACCUGGUCGCACUGACGGCUUUGGUGGCGUCUACGGGUCCCCUUAUUCGAUCUGCGACAGCCCCUUCACACUCACCAAUGCGACCUUUGACUGGAUCGACAAGAAUCUCAUCGGCAAGAUUGACUUUGUGGUGUGGACUGGAGAUAAUGCAAGACAUGACUCUGACAACGAAUAUCCCCGCACACAAAAGGAGAUUGAGGUCCUGAACAGACAAAUCGCCAACAUGUUCCUCAAGACAUUUACACCUGACGAAGACGACCCGUUCCAGCAACGGGUCCCAGUUAUCCCCUCGAUCGGCAACAACGAUGUGUAUCCCCACAACAUUAUGGAGGCAGGACCUAACAGGAUUCUUCAGCACUUUUCUGACAUUUGGUCCGAGUUCAUUCCAGAGAGCCAGUACCAUACGUUCCAGCAUGGCGGAUACUAUACAGUCGAGGUUAUUCCCGACAAGAUCUCCGUCAUGGCCCUUAACACUCUUUACUUUUUCAACCAAAACGCGGCCGUGGACGGGUGCGACGAGGAGGAUGAGCCAGGAACGGACCAGAUGGACUGGCUAGAGGUGGAACUCGAGUCGAUGAGGAAGAGAGGGAUGACAGCAUACCUGACAGGACAUGUGCCUCCAGCUCGCAAAUCGUACUCGCCCAGUUGCUUUGUUCGGUACACGGAUAUCGCGCUGAGGUUCCAGGACGUGAUUGUCGGACAUCUGUAUGGUCACGCCAACAUUGACCAUUUCUUUAUCCUCUCGCAAGCGACACUGAAGGAUGACGAAGACCGAAAGAAGGCACUGGAAGAGGCACGCCUCUUAGGCGAGAGUGACUCGGAGAUCGCGUUGUCGAAGGUCAUGCAGGACGAUGCUCCCGAUUUUGAGUACGAUCAGUUCCAUACGUUCGGGCUAAGCUCGUACCUGCUUGAGCUCUGGGAGCAGUAUGAGGACAUUCCAAAGCGGAUCAAGCUGAGUGAUUAUGCUAUCGUUCUGGUUUCUCCCUCUGUAAUCCCGACAUACAACCCCACCCUUCGAGUGUAUGCAUACCAGCUGGCGACCGAGAGAGGUAGCGACAUGUCUACAUCUGUAAACCCCGUUAAAGAGCUGGGCGGAUGGAUUGUCGCUGAUGAUACGCAGGAAAAGAUGCGAUAUGAUGGCGAGGAGUUGGAGGACCUUGUUCUGGACCAGGACGACGACCCGGAAGGUCUCAAGGAAAAGAAGAAACCCAAGAAACCCAAGAAACCCAAGAAACCCAAGAAACCCAAGAAACCCAAGAAGCCUAAGCGACCAGCAAAUCCUCCAGCAGCACCACCAACCACGUUCGGAUUUCCACUUAAUUAUACACAGUACUGGGUUAAUCUGACGCAAGCCAAUAUGGAGCUGAAACAGCCCGAGUACGUGAUCGAGUACAGGACUCACGAGGAAUGGGGGCUCAAGGAUCUGAGUGUUUCAGAAUGGCUGGGUCUGGCAAGGCGGAUUAUCCAUGAUGAACGCGUGAAGAAGCAGUACCUGGCCUGGAUGGUGGUCUUGACUGGAGCAGAGAAUGAUUCUUACUGAGAUCAGCUGGAGCAUGGCAUGUUGUAUAUACUACUAGGCGAACUUCCCGCGGCUAACGUCUCGGGUCCGACAUGACACAAAAAAAGAAGAGCAAAGCGUGGUUUCCUCCACACAACUCUGAUCCACAGCCUUCUUCCCACCACCUGAAAGAGCGAAAAAAUGGUCCAUGAGAUGUCUGAGGGACACACGAAAGAUAUGAUGGCCCGUGGCACACUCCCCAAAACGAAUCCUCCAACAGAGCCGUCUUCUCGUAAUUGUGGUAAUUUGUGAGAGUGUGUCCACUCGACCCUUUUUUUUUUUUUUUUUU